AUGCCCAUCGUCUUCAAAACACAUGGAGCGGUGAUCAGCCGUAGCAAUUUCAUGGCUGAUGUCUUGAGGUCGCCGACUCAGGAAGAGCGAACCAACGAGAUUGUCGCCGUUGGAAAUGAGAACUUCUGUAUGAUCAAAGGCUUUGAAUAUGCGCUGCAACACUUGUAUGGGAGUCCACUCCUAACAGCAGGACAUCUCAGAUUGGCGACUCUGUCCACCUAUGGAUACUCGGAGAACAAUGUGGGAAAAAUACAAUUCUCACUCACGGCGGCCAUGGCAGACUUAGCCCUGUGCUAUGCCGCAUCGGGGGCCUUCUUUCAACAAGAGGCAGUCAUUGAGACGGGUAUCAGACUAGCCAUUGAGCUAAUCGACUGGGAAACAGUCGAAUGCAUUCUCUAUUUCGGUGUUUGCACGACGAGACCGGCCGUGACCCUCGACCAGACUGCUCCUGUCAACAAGACGGGAGAUUAUGAUGCAGCAGAAGAGCUGCAAAGAUGGGCCCCACGACUAGUUGGUUCGGCUCUGCAGUUUGUCACCAGGCACAUGGGCAAGGACUUCACCCUGUACACCAAAGCGCAGAGUAAGACUCUGCCAAAUCGAAUCCCAGAAAGCUUGCAGGGUGUUCAAGGUCCAGUGAUCGCUAGUCCUCGAUCUUUUGCGUCUCGCUGGGGAGAAAACCCGAACCGAGAGAUUGAGGUACCCUCUGCGAUGUUGAUCUACCUUCCGUACAAGCAACUAGAAGAGGCGUUCGGGGUUAUGGACGCGCAGAAUAUCUUAUCGAGUGACCUCGCCCAGGCGGUGGUAGCAGAGCGCGAGACACGGCGCCUGCAAGCUCUUCGAGCCCUUGCGAAACAGGGUGUCAAAGACGAGCUAAGUACUGCCGGUGAGAUUCGAGAGCUGGGAUAUAAAGAGACAGUCACUGUUAGGGAAAUUCAGGACCUAGCUAUUACUCUCAACAGAGAGUGGAUUGGUCUGGCUGUUGUGGAAGAGACAGUCGUGACACCCAGAGUCAAACGCGUGGUCAAGAAGCAUAGGAAGCACAAGCGCAAGAGGUAA